AUGCCAGUCGCUACCGCCACAACAUCAGCAGCUGGAUCAUUGGCGCUCCUCCAAGACGAGGAUCAGCAUGUACGAGUCUACGCUCUCCAGCACUUGCUUAGUAUCGUCCCUCAAUUCUGGGCGGAAAUAUCAGAUCAGAUAGGAUACCUGGAAACGCUGUCAGAACCCUUGAACAAGGAGAUUCCUGCCGAUGCUGCACCUUAUGCUGCCCUUCUCACCGCCAAGGUCUACUACUUCAUUGGCGAGCUCGAUGAGGCUGUGAGCUUCGCAUUGAAGGCUGGACCAGCGUUCGAGGCGGAAGCGGAUGGAGAGUUCAAGCAGACCAUUAUUGCCGGCUGUCUCGACCGGGCCAUCGCUCUGAAGCUGAAAGAGCCGUCAAAACAGCUCGAUGCGGAGACUAUGGCGGUCGUUGACGGUGUGAUGAAGAACAGCAAGGGCGAAAAUUCGAAGCUUGCUAUGGGUCUUGCCCUCGCUCUGCAAAGACUAGACCUCAUCGAGAUGCUGUAUGAGUCCUCCGCUUCGUCGCCCCAAGCAUCAUCAUCAGCUGCAAAGGGACCGGACGAAUCUUUGCUGCGGUAUGUGCUCAAUGAGGCGGUAGGCGGAGCUAGCGGGAACGAAGCAUGGACACCAGAGUUCAGGCAGAGCCUCCUCCAACUCCUUUUCACCCUGUUCUCGAAGAAUACCAUCAGCACCGACUGGUCCUCCAUCACCACUCUCUGGAUUCAGUCCAAUAACGCCCAAUCAUGCGGCGCUCAGCUUGUCAAGAUGCUGAAUGACGAGAAUUUGCCUGAGGCAUACCAGAUCGGUUUUGACCUCGCCGAGGCGGGAUCUCAGGCAUUCGUUUUGGCAGUAAGGAACGAGAUUCAGACGGCAGGCGCGGGACCAGAAGAGGGCAUGGACGCAACACACCCUCAACGUGUUCUCGACGACAUCCUUCUUGGCGAGCGCUCUGCCGAGUUCGUUGUCAACUUCUUGUCGAAAGACAACAAGACCGACCAGGCCAUCCUCAAAGUCACCAAAGACUCGCUCGAGGACCGAUACUCCAUCUACCACUCCGCCAUCACCUUCACCAACGCAUUCGCCAACUGCGGUACCACGUCCGACAAGUUCCUCCGGGAGAACCUCGACUGGCUUGGACGCGCCAACAACUGGGCCAAGUUCUCGGCGACUGCUGCGCUGGGUCUUAUACAUCGGGGAAGCUGGGUCAAUGGUGUCAAGGUCGUCAGGCCAUACUUGCCCGGUGGAUCUGCACCGAACAAGUUCUCGGAGGGAGGAGCAUUGUUCGCGUUGGGUCUGAUCUAUGCGGGACGGAAGGGCAAGGCGGAGGAGGACCUGCGGAAGUCGUUGGCGGAGGGGAACGACCCGGUUAUCCAGCACGGUGCCGCUCUGGGUCUGGGUGUCAGUGCUCUGGCCACUGCAGAUGAGGACAUCUACGAAGAGAUCAGGACCGCCCUUUUCCAGGACAAUGCUACUGCCGGCGAAGCAUCCGGAUACGCCAUGGGUCUCGUCAUGCUGGGCACGGCGAGCGAGAAGGCGUUUGACGAAAUGGCCAGCUACGCCCGUGAAACUCAGCACGAAAAGAUCAUUCGGAGUUUGGCAAUGGGUAUCGCUUUCUUGUACUAUGGUCAGCGCGAGGCCGCGGAUACUGUUAUUGACCGGUUAAGCCAGGAGAAGGACUCGAUCAUGCGGUACGGUGGCAUGUUCACCAUCGCUCUGGCCUACGCCGGAACCGGGAACAACAAGGCUGUGCGCAAACUCCUCCACGUCGCCGUCUCGGAUGUCAACGACGAUGUCCGACGAGCAGCGGUCACGGCUCUCGGAUUCGUCAUGUUCCGCAACCAUACCCAGGUGCCACGAGUCGUCCAGCUGCUGGCGGAGAGCUACAAUCCGCAUGUUCGUCACGGAGCGACAUUCGCUUUGGGUAUCAGCUGUGCGGGUACAGGUCUCGAGGCUGCUAUCGACCUCCUCGAGCCAAUGACCGACGACCCGGUCGACUUUGUCCGACAAGGUGCCUACAUCUCCCUCGCCAUGAUCCUCAUUCAGCAAAACGAAUCCCAAUCCCCCAAGGUCAACCAGAUCCGAGACCUCCUCGCCAAGGUCGUCAGCGACAAGCACGAGGACCCUAUGGCUCGCUUCGGUGCCUCGCUCGCGCAAGGCAUCAUCGACGCCGGCGGCCGGAACAUGACCAUCUCCCUCUCCACCCGGGCCGGCACGCUUAACAUGGGCGCCAUCGUCGGUCUCACCAUGUUUGUCCAGUUCUGGUACUGGUUCCCGCUCGCCCACUGCUUGGGUCUUGCCUUCAGCCCCACAGUCGUUGUUGCGGUAGACGAGGAGCUGAGGAUACCAAAGGUGGACCUUACUUGCCACGGACGCCAGUCUGCGCUGGGGUACCCGGUCAGGGAGAAGAAGGAGAAGGGAGAGGUCAAGGGGAAGCAGAAGGCGGCGGUGCUGAGUACGACCGUGCGGGCCAAGGCGAGGGAGAAGAGGAAGAAGGAGGAAGAGGGCGAUGGCAUGGACGUGGACGAAACACCAGCCGCCACACCCGCGGCUGCCCCUGCUCCCGCACCCGCCGCUGCCUCCGCCGCCAAAAAGGAGCGGAAACCCGCAGAAUCCGCUACCUUCUCCGUCCCUAACUUGUCUCGCAUGACACCCCUGCAGGCACCUCUCCUCUCCUUCCCUGAAGGCCGAUACACCCCCGUCCGACCUAUCGGUGAUGCUUCCCUCACCUCCGCUUCCGCCGACAAAGCAGCACCUGCUGCCCCUGCGCGGCGUCAACCCGUCCAGCGAUACGUUGGCGGCAGUAUCGUGCUUUUGAGGGAUAGCAAGAAGGGCGAGUCGGGCGAGUUUGUCGAGCUGGACAAGGCGCUGUGGCCGGAAGAUGUCCCGGCACACGCAGAGGCGCCCGCUGGGACCGCUGGGGCAGUGGAUGCUGCUGGGGAUGCCGUGAUGGGUGAUGAGGAGGAAGGGGAGGCGGAAAUGCCCGAGCCAUUCGAAUAUCCAUUUGACGACUAG